UAAUACGCAGGCGCAUCUCCUCAAACCCGUUCCCUGCCAUACAUCUCUCUCUCUUCAUUUCUUUCUCCCUGAACUUCCAGCAUCUCAGCAAGUUCAAACUCUCCUGCGUGAGGGUGGCGGCGAUCGAGAGGUCACGUGAUGAGCAUCUUGUUGCCCAACAUGGCGGAAUUCGACACCAUCUCGGAACUGGAGGAGGAGGAAGAAGCAGCUACGUCCUCGUCCUCGUCGUCGCCGUCGUCGUCAUCGUCUGUAUCGGGGCUCGAGGAUGACGAGGGAGAUGAGGAGGAGGAAGAAGAGGAGGAAGAAGAGGAAGAGGAGAAGGAGCAAGAGGAGGAGACGCCGCCACCGCCUCGGGUAGUGAGCGAGGAGCACCUGCGGAGAUAUGCCCCCGACCCUGUACUGGUGCGGGGCGCCGGCCACAUCACCGUGUUUGGCUUGAGCAACAAGUUUGAUACUGAAUUUCCCUCCGUUCUAACAGGGAAGGUGGCCCCAGAGGAAUUUAAGACCAGCAUUGGCCGUGUGAAUGGGUGUUUGAAAAAGGCUCUCCCAGUCAAUGUGAAAUGGCUGCUGUGUGGUUGUCUCUGCUGUUGUUGUACUCUGGGUUGCAGCCUGUGGCCUGUUAUUUGUCUCAACAAAAGAACCAGAAGAUCAAUUCAGAAGUUAUUAGAAUGGGAAAAUAACAGAUUAUAUCACAAGCUUGCUUUACACUGGAAGUUGACUAAAAGGAAAUGUGAAACUAGCAAUAUGAUGGAGUAUGUAAUACUAAUAGAAUUCUUACCAAAAUAUCCCAUAUUCCGACCUGACUGAGGAAUUUUAUUCAGUCACUUCUGUGUUACCUGUCAUUUCCUACCCUUAGUGCCUUGUAGAUGAUUUUGGAAUGAAGAUGGUCUCCUUCUGUGUUCAAUUUAUUCUUUAUAAUGGUAGAAUAUUUUCCUCACUCUUUUGUGUUGGUUUAAGAAGAAAAUUUGCACAUCUUUUUUUGUUGUUGUUGUUAAAUGAGGCUUGUGUUUUGCACUCUCCAUUUUUAAAUAAAUACACACAUACAUGUGUAUAUGUAGUUGCCAUUAAAGAUAAAACAUUAGUGCUGGCGUUUUUAAAAAAACCAAAAACUGUUCUAAGCAUGCUGCCUUAUAAUUUUCCUACUUGCUGUUUCUAAAUAGGCACCAUUUUUCUAGGCUACUUUAAUGCUCUGUAAUCCCAUAUUAAACAUACAUAAAUAAGCUAUUGGUAGCUUUUAGCAAUGGUUUUACUCUUUCCUGCUUGUAAAGGACAUGCAAUUAAUAGCACUGGUUUUGUCCUGCACUUAGCUAAAUUAUCAUUUAUGUUAGUGGAUAAAAUAUUUAAACUCCUAACGACUUGUAAAUAUUGUCUCUUUGCAUAAUGUACAAUGUGGUAUGCCAUGGUUUACAGAAUUUAAUAUUGCUCUUACUGUAUUGCCAACAAUUCUGCAUAGAUUUUAAUAUGAUUGAAGUUUGUAAGCAUCCUUUGGAAUGUACAUACUGUUAACAUACUAUUGUAUGGCAAAGCCACAAUAAGUAUGUUAAAAAUUUCAGCUGUAGAACAGGGUUGCCCUUUGUAAUGAGUUGAUUAAAAUUAAAAUAAUUUGAGAUAUUCUGCCUUGCACCUAAAACCAAGAACCUGAUUUUUUCCAUUUAAUUUAGUAGUUCCAGUUUUGUCCUCCAUUUCCAUCCCCAAAAGAAUUCAUUUGACAUCUGACACAUUUCACAGCCUCAGUAUUCUCAUUUAUUUACCUUAAUGUUUCAUUUCCCUUGUUUGAAAAUACACACAAUUAUGACUUAUAAAGGAAUAUUUCAAGAUUUCAAAUGGCUUAGAUGGUGGGUAGAUCCCCAUGAAUGCCACUGCUAACCCCCUUUUGGAAUUCUGAUAUUCUACUUUGGGAAAGAGAGAGCUAAUUGAAAAGCUGUACCUAAAGUAUAUGUAGUGGCUGAAUCGUAACUGAUAAAAUAUUCUUAAUCUUAAUUUUGAGUAUCUUUUUUCAACAUUUGGAUAUUAGAAAUAAGGAAAGACAAGUAUUUAGACCAAAAUAUUUUACUGUAUAAAUUCACCCCAUAUAGCCUUUCAGUGGUAUGUGCAUAUUUCGCCUCACAAUUAAGAUAAGUGAGAACACCACACUUUAAUUCUUCUAGAAUUUGAUAUAUAUAUAUAUAUAUAUAUAUAUAUAUAUAUAUAUAUAUAUAUUACUUGUAAUUCUUAGUGCUAAAAAUAAAAAUAUCUGGGACUGAAUAAUAUUUUAUUUAUUACCUUUUAUUGCUUUUAGUAAAGUUUUUUAGGCAAGCAUUUAUCCCAGUGAAGAGAACAAUCAUUUCUUCAUACAAGGUCAAACAUUUUAAAGCCACUUGUAAAAUUUAUGCCUACUUUGACAUCCACAGUCUUAUACCAGUAAUAGAAGAGGGGGGAAAAAGAAACCUUAUUUGAUAUGUGACUAUAAUUUUUGUCCAAACACUUUUUCACCUCCCUCAGUAGAGCCCCAUUACCAUACCACCCAGCCACCCAGAAUCUAACUUUUCAUAUGUUGUGUGUGUCUGCAAAUAUCAUGUUUCUAUGCUGCACAACUGAAGGUGUAUUUUUAUAGACAAGGUGGAAACCUCUGAAAAUGCAUACCAAAUGUCUUUUUUUAUAGGUAAGGUCAGGGAAACAUUUUAUCUGUGGUUUAUGUUCCAGUUAAUAUCAUCAGGUUUAUGCUUCAAACUGUGACAGUUUAAUACCAAAAUUGAUUUGAAAAAUAAUACAAAAUUCCUAAUUAUCACUGAUAGAAUAAUUACUUGUAAAUGUCAAUCCAUAAAAUCUCAUUUUUUAUAUAAAUUUAGCAUUUAGCCAUGUGAUGGUCAUUGUAACUUUUUCUACCAUGUAUAAAUCACACUUGGUUUUACUCAAAGAACAGCAGAAAGUAGUGAAUCGUUUCCAUGAUAUAAAUAUUGAGACAGAAAUAGAGUGCAUCUGAAGGUCACAGAGUAUAAUUCAAGUUACAACAGUAUUUGUUAUAAAAACCAUUUGUAUAAACUUAAUUUUAAAACCUACUCUAAUUGCUUUUAAAUGUGUUACUUUAUUGAUCAUUAUGCUGGUUGACUCAUUUUAUUUUCUUGAAACUAUUCAGAAAAUAACCAGUAUUCUUUUUUACUUUCUUAUAUGACUGCUUUUUCAAGCUAUUUGCAUUUGGCUGGGGCUAAUUUUCAUUUGGGGUUUUAGAAUGCUUUGGGGGAGGGAUUGUUUUCAAUGAAAUUGGCAACAGUGAAUGCUGAAAUGACAGAGCACACUAGUGGUCAUUAAUUCCUCCCCCUGGUCUUUUUUGCUUUUAUCCUCAAGAUAGAAUGUACUCAGAUAUUUUCAUCAAGUUAGUAAAAUAUUUUUGUGAAAGUUGUUUUUUAAUUGAAGAAAGUAAUUUUUAAUUUUUUUGCUACAUAAUAAUCCUUUAUUAAACUUGCUGUGGUCAUUUCCAGAGAAAAUAACAUGUAUUUGCCAAAGUAUAUAAAUCUCACAAAUCUUUAAGGUUACAAGUUAAAACUGGUUCCUCUCUAACUUACCUUUAUGCAGCUCCACCCCCAUUACACCUUUAAGCACUCGAAUUGUAGAUAAAAUGAAAUAAACUUUAACCCUUUUUCAACUAUUCUUUGUUCCCUUUUGACCCUCAUGUUAAUUCAGGAAAGAGACCAUUGUAGUCAACUGUUAGAAGUGGAUGGGAAAGUGCCUUGUCUUUUUUGAACAAAAUUAGCGUCUUAUGUGAAAGGAGGAAGAAUAGAUGAAUUGGUAGAAAUCAGAUUUAAAACUAUCUUUUCAAUUAAGUAUAUUUCACUAACACAUUAUAUUUCUUCUACUUGUUUAAAUCUGUUUAAAGCCUGUUUUUUUCUUUUCCCCUAAUCAUGUGAUCCAUUAGUGACAAAAUAUUACAGAACAAGACUGUCACUCACAAAACUAGUUUAAUUCUAAUGCUAGUGCAAGUGUAAUUUAACAUGAUUCUGGAACAACAAUGGUCUUGGAUUGAAGCCCCACCAAAACCCACUUAAGUAUUGAAUAGACAUACUAUUCAUAUUAUUAUGACCUAUAAAUACUGUCUGAUCAAUUGAACUGUAUUAAUACUUAGUACUCUACCAUUUUUAAUGAAAUUUAUUCUUGUUUUGUAAUAAUUGGAGUGAAGUUCCACGACAUUUGUAGGUCUUUGAAAAAAUGGGUUUUUUUUCAAAUGUAUGAGAGCUUUAAAAAUUAACAUUUUAAUUUUGCUUACAAAUCACUUACAAAAUCAAACCUCAAUAACUAACUACUACCUGAGGUUGUGGGUUCAAUCCCUGAUCAAGGCACAAACAAGAAUCAACCAAUGAAUGCAUAGAUGGGUGGAACAAGGGAUCAAUAUUUCUCUCUUUCUUACCCCCUCCCUCUAAAAAUCAAUCAAUAAAUAAAAUAUUUUUAAAAGAAACCUCACUGCUUGAAUAAUAUUUCAUUAGAAUUUAUUUUUAUCUAGAAAAAUAUAGAAAUUAUAUCUGUUUAAUGGGAGCAGUUUCACAUAGUGGAAAUAUUUUUUUGCUAAUUUGAUUAUAAGAUCCUCAAAUUUAUUGAAAUUAGAUCCUCCUAUGCCUAUAAAAUUCUACUUUAAAAAUCCAUUUUGCAACAAUUGUCAAACUGUUUGGGUUCCUUUAAAUGGUGAACUAUAGGAAAAUUUUCCACAGAAAAGAAAUUGGUUUAUUAACAUUACCUUUUUAUGUAAUAUGUGGUCUAAAAAUAAGGUUGAUGAUGGCAACCUGAGAAUAUGUUUUCUUUUCUGUGGACUUCAGAUUCAUACUAUAUGAGGAAAUUAUCUAAUCUUAUGGGAUCCUUAAAAGUCACUUAAAUUACGUGUCAAUCUCUUUAUCUGUAAAAUCAUGAGGUUGAGCCUAGAGCUAGACAGAAAAUUAGAAAUCACCUAAUCAUAUUCUUUGAUUUUAGGAAUCCUUAAGAAAUUUUUACCCUACAGAAUCUCAGAAUGAUUUUUCUUAAAUCUACUACACUUUGUGAGUAUUCCCAGAGUGCCUUGCACGCAGUAAGUUUGAUUCACCAACUGGCUCCUAGCUGGUAUGUAUUCAUAUCACACAGACUUAAAGAACCUUAUGCUUGCUAGACCUCAGCCCUAUAUGGUAAUAAGAAUUAAUGUAAUUUCUCUAGGAACUGAGGACAGGUCUGUAGUGUUUGCCUAUGUGGAGUCUAACUACAUAGUUGGUAUCCAGACAAAAAUUAUAGCUGUAACAACAAUGGAGAUAUGAGAGGACCUACUUUAACAUUAAUGUAAAAAGUUUCAUAUUCUAUCCGUUAUCUGUUUCAGUGACUUAUUAAGCUCCACAUCUUCAAAAAGAUCAGUUGGAACAAAUUGAUAAUAUUAAAUGGAAAGGAAAGUGGUAUGAAAUUCAAACCCAAGUCACUUCUGGUUGGUUCAGUUCUUAGCUCUGCUGCUUAAUUCCUCUGUACCUUGUGUCCUCAUUGUGUAAGUGGGGACAAUAUUCUUGUCCUACCUCACAGGGGAAUUGAAGAUUUUUUCAUAUAUUAAUGUGAUUUUUGAAGUUGACUAGAAGAUAUACUGGACAUCAUAGUUUUGUAUUUUUAAAUAAAUUGCUUUAAAUCUGUUAUGUUUUCUUUCUCAGUUAAACCCUGCAGAAUGAGUGUUACAGUUAAUCUGAUUUUCAGUGGCAAAUUUUGUUACCAAUCCCCUAUGUGUUAACAUGGGUAGUUGUGUUAUGUUACGUUACGUUACGUUACGUUAUGCUAAUACUUGAUUUAGGGAGGAAAAGUGGGUAGAUAUAAACCAGUGGUUCCCAACUUGGGGCAGAUGAAGAUAGCAGUAAAGGCAUCUUUGAACCCUUUUCACUAUUUCAAAAAGUAUACUAGAGAUCAUAUAUUUGCUCAUAAUAUUUUUUCUUCACAAGUCAACUAAGAAAUUGAAUUUCCAUGCAUUUUGCUUAUAUUUUUUCAAUUCUAUGUAACAGUAGUUAUGACACACUGAUCAAAAGCUGUGGAUGGCCGCAGAAUAAUAAAAAAAAUCAGAAAGCCUAUUACAUACAAUUUAGUAAACAAAAUACUUGAAAACAUGGGAAGGAAUAAUAAAGGGAUUCUUAUGGUGAAAUGUUGGGAUCCACUUUUAUAAAGUAACUAAGAUUAUUUGACCCUCUCCACAGACUGCUUACCCCAUCCCUAAAUAAUGAAAUGCUAGAUUAUGUGUGUUUGUGUUUUUGGCAAGAUUGGACUAUAUAACUUCAGGUUAGAACUUGCCUUCAGUUUUGUUUGUUUGUUUCAGAAUUAUAUAACUGAGCUAAUUUAUUUAGAUGUGUAUGUGAAGUAUACAUACACACACAUAGAAUUGCAAAUGUGGAAAGUGUUAUAAUGUCAUGUUCUAGCAUCAGAGUAAAAAUCAUCUUCUGAGAUUCAAAGUAGUUCUGCUCAUAAACUCAAUGUGAUGAGUCAAGGCAAUACUUUCGCAAAGUUCCUUUUAUUCCUGCAUAUUUUCUUUGCAUUUAUCUUGGAUUAAUUUUCUAUUUUUCUAGUAAACAAAUAGUAUAAAAUUGUUUUAAUGGACUUUGAAACAAGGUUUAAAUGUUUGAAAUUAUAUAAUCUGUGAGCUAGUUUGCCAUCCUUGGACUAACCACAUAUAAAUGAGUCUCACCUGCAAAAACAAGAAAUCUUGGUAGCCAAAACAGGCAUUGAUCAAAACAUCUGUUUGAAAAAUCUAGGAUUUCUAUUUUUUGGCAGAGGAUUCCUAUUGGGACAACUUUUUUAGAAAAGAAUAGAAGUGGCUAUGUCCAUUCAAGCCAAGAACUUCCAUGCAUCUUAUAUUGUUACAUAGCCUGUGGAAUGAAUUCAUUUUUCUCCUUUGAGUUCUGGAGUAACCCCCCGCAAGAACUUAACCUAUUUAUGGCUGUGCCAAAAUUAAGAAUACCUGCCUCUCAGAAACUUUUGCUGCUGCUUCUGUCAUCGUUCACUUGUCAGAUAUAAAAUUUUAUUAUCUCAGGAUGCAAAAUUACAAUA